UUCUCUUUCUCCCUUUCAUCUCCGGCAACCGGCGGCGGCGACAAUGCAGAUAGCAUAUCAAGCUCUGGUCGGAGCUCUGGCUCUGUCUUUCCUCAUCAUCUCCACCACCACCACCGAAGCUCACAACAUCACUAAAAUCCUCGCAAAAUACCCUGAAUUCUCAACAUUCAACCACUACCUCUCAAUCACACACCUCGCCGCCGAAAUCAAUCGCCGAGAAACAAUCACAGUCUGCGCCGUCGACAACGCCGCCAUGUCCGACGUCCUCUCAAAAGGCUACUCAGUCUACACAAUUCGCAACAUUCUCUCAUUACACAUCUUCGCCGAUUACUUCGGUGCCAAAAAACUCCACCAAAUCACCGGCGGAUCCACUACAACAUCGUCCAUGUUCCAAGCCUCCGGCGACGCCGACGGCACAACAGGAUACGUCAACAUAACUGAUUUCAAAGGCGGUAAAGUCGCAUUCGGUGCACUAGACGAAACCGGAGGUUACAAAUUAACAUCAACUUUUGUUAAAUCAGUUCAAGAGAUGCCUUAUAAUAUAUCAGUAAUUCAAAUCAGUCAUAUCUUGACUUCGUCGGAGGCUGAAGCUCCGACUGCAGCUCCGGAAGCGAUUAAUAUAACAUCGAUUAUGAAUGAACAAGGGUGUAAAGCAUUUUCAGAUCUAGUAAUUUCAUCUAAAGCAAUAACUGUUUAUAAUGAAAAUCUAGAAGGUGGGUUGACUGUGUUUUGUCCAUCUGAUGCUGCUGUGAAAGCCUUUAUGCCGAAGUAUAAGAACUUAACUGCUUUGGGGAAACAAUCUUUGGUACUUUAUCAUGCGAUUGCAAUGUAUCAAUCUUUACAAAUGUUGAAAUCGAAUAAUGGGUUAAUGACAACUUUGGCGACUGAUGGAGAUAGUAAGUAUGAUUUUGAUGUUCAGACUGAUGGAGAAGAUGUGACAUUGAAGACGAAGGUGGUUAUUGCUACUGUUACGAGUACUGUUAAGGAUCAAGAACCGUUAGCUUUGUUUAGGAUUAAUAAGGUUUUGCAACCUAGAGAACUUUUUAAGGGGGCGGCGGCGGAGGAUGCGGAUAGUCCGGCGGAAUCGCCGAAGAAGAAGAAGGGGAAGAAGGGGAAAGCGGAGGCGCCGUCGCCGGAUUCUGAUGAUGAUUCGGAUGCGGCGGAUCAGACUGUGAAUUGGGCGAUCCGGAUUGGAUCCGGAUGGUGGAUGGGUUUGUCGGUGGUGCUUAGUUUGAUUGUGUGAUUAAUUUUUUAUUUAUUUUAUAUUUCAAACUUGAAAAAGUAUUCUCUUGCGGUGGUGGACGGAGACUGGUCGGAGCUGUAUUUUUUUUUUUAAGUUGUGAUUUUAUUUUAUUGUGUUAUUGCUCCACUUGUUUUCUUUUAAAUAGUUUUUGUGUAUAUAAAUAUAUAUAUCAUUAAUAAUAAAUGUUAUCCUUUU